UGUGAAAUGUUACUUUCGGAACAUUGCUGAAAGAGGAUAGUAUCAGUACUAAAGCAAAAAUACACGCAAUGAGAGAAAAAGGAAGUUUAAGGAAGGAGACAGAAAAAGUUAGGUGAAAUGAAACUGCAUACUGGCAGGUCACAUGAAAAGUGAUCUGUGCUUAAAAACUUAAAGGAAUACAUUUUGUUUAGUUUCCAGCAUUAUAGUCGUAUUUCAAAGUGAGUGUUUGACUUGUAGCUGAGACGGGAACUUCCUCUUUGAGCACUGCUGCCUGCCGGUUACAAAGGCAGGAGUCUCCAUGAGUUGGUAUACAGAGAAUGCAGCCUUGUUACCAUGUAUACUGGUGGUUUGGUCCUCUGCAGCAUUCAUCGCCUCUUACAUUUUCGCUGUACUAGAGGGACAUGUGGUGCCUUUUGUACCUUACAUAAGUGAUACAGGCACAUGUAUUCCAGAGAGUGGACUUUUUGGAUUUAUGAUUAGUGUGACUGCUAUGUUAGGUGCAGCGACAAUGUAUGUACGAUAUAAGAUAGUCCUGGUACAAAAUAAUAGAUCUGCAUUUAUGUGUAGAUAUUUCAACUUUGUGUCUUUCCUAAUUGGAAUAAUUGGCUGCAUUGGAAUGGGCAUUGUGGCUUCUUUUCAGGAGACUUCUGUUACAAAAGUUCAUGAUGCAGGAGCCCUUGCAACAUUUGUCUGUGGUGUCAUCUACAUUUUGCUUCAGUCCAUUAUCUCCUACAAGUCAUGUCCAGAAUGGAACAGAAGAGGGACAUGCCACAUACGAAUGUCUAUUUCUGUACUAUCAUGCCUUGCCGUAUUUCCCAUGAUUGCAUGUGCAUCAUUUGUAGGCAUUGGGACAUUUAAAUGUGAGCCUGGAGAAGAGCCAUCCCCGUAUCACCAAGCAAGUGCUGUUUGUGAAUGGAUUGUAGCUUUUGGCUUUGUUACAUUUUUCCUAACAUUCAUCAGAGAUUUUCAGGCUGUAACUUUGACAAUUUCAACAGAACUUCAUGAUGAUUUUUGAUUACAGCCCUAUAACAGUGUUAUAGAUUGACUAAAUCUUUUUAAUAUAUAUUAACCAGUCCAACUAACAAUGUUACUGCUGCUGGUUUACAAUUUGCACUGCUCUGUACUGGAGAUAUAGUUUAAGUAUUACACUGCACCAUUUCAACUUUUGUUUUUUUGUGUUUUAUAUAUAUUUUCAUAACAAUAAAAAGUUACAAUCAA